CAGCACUGCAUAACACUACCUGGUACCGUCGUGGAGUGUGGCUGCCAUGGGCAUUACGCGGAUGUAUACGACCAGCGGCAGAGCCAACGUCGUGGUUUGCGAUCGCCAACAGCAUGCAGCGCCGUUAUGCGCGUCUUAACCAUCGGCAACAGGAUGGCAACGCCCUUCUCUGGUACCUCCUAGUGGCAGUCUGCUCUGCUGAAACCUGUACACAAGUGACGUUGAUCUCGCAGGAGGCAUGUGUCAGAGCGUGCGGCACAUGGACCACAUCUCUUAUUGGGCGCACCUUUUGCUGCGCGCAAAUGAGAGGAGCAGUCAUGAUCGCGUGCCUGGACCACCCGCCCAUGUCAUCGAGCGUGAUAGUGGAAGGCCUCUAACACUGGCAAUCUGGGGACGUGUGCUGGAGUAUAAUGGCGAAAGGGCCGCCAUUCUCUGGUUUGCGAACUUUUGGCCCUACCACCUACCUAAUGCACGCGCCCUAACGACACCCGACCUCUACACACUCAUUCGUCGUGGCAGACAGAUCUAGCCAUGCGCUGCCAAGCAGCCAAAACUACAGACCUAAUAAUCUUAAUAAUACUAUGGACGACACCGAUCGCCGCACGAUGCCGACAUCUCGCACGAAGAGCGCCUGCGCCGUGGGAAGGAGAAGACUUGUGGGACGGGGGCAUGCAGCAGAAUCGUAUCGACGGUGUGAUCCAGGCCGCCCAGUCCCUCAUCAACGAGGCCUAUCCAGACGGAGUACCGAGUGGAGUCAACAUUCAAACUGCGGCAUGGCCGAGCUCCUUCGAAAUAGGCGGCACGACUUAUACCGGAGUUCCCACCCCGACAGCGGCGCCAACAUCGACAGUCUGGUGGACCCCGUCUUCUUCGACUUCUCUACCGAGUUCAACGACCUUGACAACCAUGUCCACUUCGAUGUCAUCGACGAGCACCACAUCCCUCUCGACGACGACGACAUCUUCCUCAUCUACUAGCAGCACAAGCUCAUCCACAUCGACCACCAAGACUCGAACAUCUUCAUCAACACCGACGGCGACAAGUUACGAUGUCAAGGCCAAACGCGGCAAAAAUGAUGGCGAUUGGAAAGUCGCCAUUUCCUUGGGUGUGAUUAUCAUUUCCGCAGCAGUAGCCGUGGCGGCAGCGAUAUUCUUUGCAUUGUGGCGGAGAAAGAAGCAUACAGGCUCGUACUUCAAGGCUGUGCGAGACGCUGAAAUGGCAUCGACUGCAGCUUCAUCGUCAUUGUGGGGAGGGGCUGGAAGCGUCAUGUCAGGCAGAACAGAGCGUACCGGCGGGGCAGGUGGUUCACGAAGCUGGUUUGGUGGACCGCCUAAAAACAACACCAUGAGGACCAACUUUCCAGAUUUUGCGCACAGUGCGGAAAAGCUGGCCAGAUCCGUCUCGGCGCGCCAGGCAUGCAUCACAGAGAGAGAAGUACCCGUGGUUCCACUGAGCGGCGUCGUGAGGAAACGCGGUCACUCCCGGCUACAAAAGUCGAAUUCAACUAAUUCCAUGUCCAUGUCCAAUUCCUCUGGUUCUACACGAAGGGGUGUCCCUGAAUUCGUCGACGACAAUGGAAUGGCACAGUCACAUGAGUUGAUGGGCGACGAUCUGCCAGUGAUCAAUGAAUUGGACGCUGAAUCGCCUGCACGGGCAGCGUCCAGCCUGCGGAGGCUUUCUAGCUUUCCAUUCGUACUUGGAUCUGAUAUAUCAGCUAGACCUAGCGCCGAUGCAGAUUACACGGCCCUGAUAUCUUCGAGAUCGAGCAGUGACACAACCAAAGCACCAGCAUCUGAGCUCGAUGCAGAAGAGACAAGUCGGCGACCACAACAUCACAGGUUAAGACCGUUGUCCUGCAAUCCUAUCAUUGUGGCCGAUGUAGUGUCGAGAUCGAAUAGCGACAAUUCGAAACCUUCCGAGAUGGACGGCGAGUCGCCUACAAGGAGGGCAUCGACCUGGCGGGAGCUGCAGCGGUCCACCUUCACUGUGAAUGACUUGACUGCUGAGAUAGAGAAGUUCAAUGCUCUGCCAGACUCCGUCGAGACUGGUUCAAGCACCGACGUGACUUCUCCCAUCUCUGCUCCGGCUCGAGAUGUGCCUGGGCCCAUGACGAGCCCGACAUCAACACUCGCAUUCUCGGAGCUCCCUGGCAGCUCAGUAGAUGACGACAGCGACUCCCCGACAGCACCUACCUCUCCCAAUGGGUCCUCUUCAUCCCGCGACUCCGGACCCAUCGGCUUCGUCUCAUCUUCAAAACCUGUCUCUCCAUUGCCAGCAAUCAAGACAACAGAACUAUAUCUUCCCCCACGACCUCCCAUGCCGGUCUACAACAGGGAGCACACCGCGUCCAUCUCACCUGCCUCACUCUCAUCUCACACCCCCCAUUCGACGUUCCGCCAUGUUUCUCCACUUCCCGGCGGCGUGAGCGAUCGCGAAUACGUCCUUAACCGAGCCCGCUACCAGAGCCCCAAAGCUUCACCAAAAAGUUCCUUUGACGUCUCACCAACAUCACCCUUACCUACCACUCCUUCUUUCUCUUCCUCUUCAUCCAAAAAGCCCGGUUGGGCUCCGGCAGGCGCCUACUCCAGCGCACCUAUAUGGCGGAAAAAGCGACCUGCGCCAAUCAUCGAUCCUUCCUUCUUGAGUCCCAUGGCUAGUCCCGCUCCGACUUCUUUCGAGGAAUAUCAAGCAGCUAAUGGUGGUGGCGCCGCAGCCGCCAAAGGGUUGGGUCUGGCUUCCAAUAAUCCUUACAAGUCGCUGGCGACUGAUAAGAGGAAAAGCUCCGCCAGGUCGCAGCCUUGGACGCCAGACUGGGUACCGGAGAGUUUGAGAGCGGGAAGACAAAGUAGCAUUCGAGAUGAAGAGAAGAAGGAGGGCGAAGAUCACGAGGAAGACGGCGACGACGAUGACAAUGCUGAUAGCGUCAUGGGUAGUGUUGGGAAGAAGCAGAGAACAUAUUCGGCCUAUUCACCCAGUCAUGGUCAGAAUGGAACUUCAGGAGGAGGAGCAGAAGGAGAUCGAGCGGUGGGACUAGGUGUCUCCAAAGGCCCUGUCCACUAUCCCAGUUGGGCAUCCAUCCAAGGAUUCGAUUUCGAUGACAAACGCGAGAGUGCCCGAGUCGAGGAUGACGGUGGUUGGAAGAGAGGAAGUGAAGUCGAAGGAAAGUACGACCUCAUGUCGUAAGAGAAAAAAAAAAGAGAAGAAAAAGAAAAAAGACAAAGGCAAGGCAAUUACACACCUGUGCGAUGUGUGUGUGAGAGAGAGGUGUAUUGUAGUAUAGUGUGGAGUGAUGCGUGUUGAAUUUCUGUAACAUAGUAUGAAUUGAUGUGAUGGAUGUGUGGGAACGGAUUGGAUUUUGAGCUAGCGAGCGAGCGGGCGAGUAGGUGAAGUGAGUGGAGUGGAAUGGUCAGUCAGUCAGUCAGUCAAUCCGUUGUGAAAAGUGUCAACUAAAGCAAAGCAAAGCUUUUUUUU